CAGUCUUUCUUUAGUUUACACAUUAGAGACUCGAAUUUUAUGUUUUAAUAAUAAAAAUAUAAAAUACAACAAAUGAAAAAUAUUUUAUAUCAGUUGUGUUGUGUGUGACUGUGAAUAUUUUAAUGUUACGAUAUUUAUAACGGAAUAAGUGACUUAUUUAUUUAUUGAAUCAUUUUUCUCUUCUUCAUUUUUCAAGUGAUUAACUUUUUUGUGUAAUUCAGUGAGUAACCAUCAAUAUAAAUAUAGAAGAUGAUGAAAAAGCAAGUCUACAAAAUAACCUGAUACUAGAAUGAAUUGUGAUGAUCUGAUAGUGAAUCUAGAAAUAGUUACAUUGAUUUGAACAUUUGAACGUUUUACAAUUACAAAUGAACAAAGCAAUAACACUGCUUACAAAUUUGUCAAUUUAUUACAUCAUACAUACAUAACAAGUAGCUUGUUACCUAUAUAAACUAUAUAAACAAAGUUAAGCUACAAGAAAUUAUUUAUUUUAAAUCGAAGACUUAAUAACAAAAUGGUUGAAAGUGUAAUUAAACGAGUGACAAAUAUAAAUAACAAAGAUGAUAAAUUGUCCCAAUUGGUUGGACAAUUCGGAACGUGGCAAUUAAUAUUAUUUUUAUCUGUAUUCCUGGUAAAACUAUCUUCGGCGUGGGUGCAAAUGGCUAUACUGUUCCUAACGCCGAAAUUCACAUUUCAUUGCACGCAAUUUGCCGAAAACUCGAUGGUUUCAACGGAUUUAACGUCAAACUCAACGGAUUUUUUCACGAAUUCGACGGAUUUUGCGUCAAAGUCGACGGACUUUGUGUCAAACUCGACGGAUUUUGUGUCAAAUUCGACAUUUCUUGCAGAGGUUUCGAAGUGUUAUAAAGAUUGUGUGAACUAUGAGUACGAUACGAGUCCUAUGGACAGUACUAUCAUAUCUGAAUGGGACUUGGUGUGUGAAAGGAACUGGUUGGCCAGUUUCACCCAGAUGGUGCUGCAGAGUGGGAUAUUGAUCGGCAGUAUUGUCUUUGGAUUUUUGUCUGACAGAUACGGCCGCAAAAAGACCUUCCUAGCCGCUGUCACGAUCACAGCAAUCGUUGGAUUCGCCAUCCCUUUCUCCCCUAACUAUAUCACCUUCACGAUCCUACGCUUCGUCUCCGGGUUCGGAUGCGCGGGAACUAUGGUCGUCUCUUUCGUUCUAAUUAUGGAAACCGUUGGCCCGGAUUACAGGGAAUUACUAGGAUGUACUUACCAAUUUCCUUUCAUCUUCGGCCAUAUGAGUAUACCUUUGUUCGCGUAUUACUUCAGGGAUUGGCAGACGUAUAGUUUAGCUAUGGCAGUGCCCCAAGCAUUGUACCUUGGGUACUUCUUCGUGUUGACCGAGUCACCAAGAUGGCUGGUCAGCGUCGGGCGAGUCGAGCAGGCCACAGCGAUUGUAAAGAGAGCUGCAGCUAUAAACAACCGGCCAACGACAAAGAUUGAGGAGACGCUAACAAAACUGUCGCAAGACAUGCGUGCAGCGUCCGAGCAGCCGAAACCGAACUACUCCGCGCUGUUCCAGAGGGCGCUGCUGUGCAAGACUCUGUGUUGCUGUUUCCUAUGGCUGAUCACGGGCACCACCUACUUCGGGUUUAACCAGUACAUCAGUCAAAGCAGUUCGGAUCCGUUCAUUAGUGUUGCUGCCGCUGGGGCUAUUCAAUUGCCAGGCGUAUUCCUCUCCAUGUGGCUGCUCAAGCACUUAGGAAGGAAGAAGACAACAAUACUCUUCUUCUUCCUCGGCGGCAUCUUCAUCCUGGCCUUGGGCUAUGUCCCAAAAAUCUUCUGGCUAACUUUAACUCUAGGUAGUUUAGGCGUUAGCUGCGCAGGCGCAGUGGCGUGCACAAUCUACAUUUACACAACAGAAUUAUUCCCAACAGUCGUAAGAAAUAUGGCAAUGGGUGCUUCUUCAACGUCUAUGAGGGUGGGGUCAAUGAUUGCACCGUUUAUUUCAAACCUAUCUAUGACAGUGCCUUGGUUGCCUACUGUCAUUUUCGGUUUGGCGCCAAUCACUGCUGGGUUCGUGUGCUUUAUAUUGCCGGAGACGAGAGGUAAAUCAUUGCCUGAUACGCUAGAGGAUGUCAAGAGCAGUGAGUAAGCGAAUUUAUUUAUUAAAUUCAAUUUAAAUUCCUUUUAUUCUCUUCCACAAUCUAAACAUAAUACGGGCUUAAAGUAGCUACAAGGUACAAUAAUUAUUUUAAGAUUGUGAGAGACUGGUGUGUGAACAAAGCAGAACUUGUAUCUCAGUACACUAACCUCUCCCCAAGGUUAUUUAAACGGGCAUAAUAUUAAAAAAAAUAGCAAUGCAAAUUGUUUUUGUGUUGUGUCCAUUACAAAAAAAAACUAAUAAAUAUUUGAUUCCGUAAAAAAAUACAUUUUUCAGAAUUUUAUUGCAUCGAUUUUGUAUUGUUUAGUUUUCAUUAAAGUUUUGAAUGCGUUUUGACUCCAAAGAAACGUUACGUUUCACUGUCACGCUAGCCACAUUUUUUUUUUGGUCAAUCAAAUCAGAAUCAAUCAAUGUCAGAACAUUCGGAACAUACAUAAAUAUCGGGAAUAAUUUGACGGUAAGUAACUACAAUUGUCAGACCAAACUGCAUGUUACUUGGUGUGAUAUUUGUUUAUAACACCUUUUUUAUACUACUGAUGGUAAAUGGUCACCGCAGCUUAAGGACGCUGCAACACAAGUGGUAUCACAUGUGCGAUUUCACACCCUUUUUGAACCUUGAUUUUAUUCUGAUUUAGACGACUACUAAGCACUUUACUACUACGCCACCAAGGGGUGGCGCAGUAGUAAAGUGCUUGCCUCUGAACCGAGAGGUCCCGGGUUCGAUCCCCGGUCGGGUCAUGAUGGAAAAUGAUCUUUUUCUGAUUGGCCCGGGUUUUUGAUGUUUAUCUAUUCUAUGUAUUUGUUAUAAAAUAUAGUAUCGUUGAGUUAGUAUUCCAUAACUCAAGUCUCGAACUUACUUUGGGGCUAGCUCAAUCUGUGUGAUUUGUCCUUAAAUAUUUAUUUAUGUAUUCUUAAGUUAUAGUCUGUAGGGAAAACCUCAGCCUUAAUAAACCUUAGAAUGUACGUAUAUGAAUUAAUGCCAUGUAGUUCAUAUAAAAAGGAUAUAUGAAGCGGUUAGAGAAUGGCUGCUCUUACGAUUCGAUCGUAUUAAUCAGGCGCCCCUGGAUGCCCCCAGAUGCAUAAACACAAGUUUUCUGACUGAAUACGCUGUUGUUUCAAUUCUGAUUGAUGUCCUCCUUGUUUGUCAGACAUUAUACACGAUCUAAAUAUGUACAAGCAUCCUAUUGAUACUUAAUUGGAUUCAGUAUUGAUAUCAAUUAACGUGAUAUUAGCUUUAAGAUAGUCCAAUUUACUAGAAUAAUUUAAUUUAUUUUGUUUAAGCAUGCACAUUGCACAUUAUAUAUAUAUAUAUAUAUAUAUAUAUAUAUAUAUAUAUAUAUAUAUAUACACUUAUAAAUUAAUUAUAUAGUAAAUUUAAGUUAAUUCUUUUUAUUUUAAGGCCUAUUAUAUACGAGUAUUUAACUGAAACUAGACGUGAUAUUUGCACAUUUUAAAUCCUUUUCUUGAAAAAUACGUAUAUACUAUACGUUAUACUUUUCAAUGAAAAUAUUUAAAUUGACCAUUGAAAUUGAUAGAUAAAUAUGACCAUUUGUGAUAAUUGAUUAAUUGUGCUUAUAUUUUCAAAAUAUUUAUAGUUAUAUUAUUAAUAUUUAUGCAAGUUAAAAUUAUUGAAUGAAAAUUGUGACUAUUAUAGUUCAAUGAAAAACUUAAAAACACACGGCCCCGAUGUUCUUAAUACUAAGAUUGUAAUAAUUUAUUUUUGGUAAAUUCCUGUGAAAAUAUUAAAAUAAAUACUACUAA